GUAUCUCCCUCACUAUGUCUUGAUCAAUUAACUUGUGAGGGAGAGAGUCAUUUGGGCCAUGGAUUAAUUGACAAUAGAAUGGAGAAAGUUCCAAAACAUGUGAUACAUUUGGACUUCCCUUUCCAAAGAGAGGGGGAAAGGUCCAAGAGAUAA